AUGGCCACUCCCGUCGACACAUUGCGGUCCCUCAUAUUCUCCAACCCCGUCGCCGCCACAAUAGGAGAUGCCAUCAACUACUUUUCCGAGCGGAGGGCAAAGCUCGGCCUGUCCAAUCCCGGCACAAUAGAGUCCCUGUCCAAGGAAGUCCAGCGCGAUGUCUUCCUCAACAACUACAUGUUCACCGGCAUCCGCGCCGACCUCACAAAGAUCUUCAGCAUGGCGCCGCUGUUCCAGGUCUCUCACCAGUUCGCAAUGGGUGAGCGCAUCAACCCGUACACUUUCGCCGCCAUGUUCGGCACUGGCAAGAUCUUCUGCCAAGGCAACGUGGACAACGAAGGCUCCCUCUCCGGCCGUUUCAACUACCGAUGGACCGACAAGCUGGUUUCCAAAUCUCAACUCUCCAUCUCCCCUGGCGGCCAGGACAUGGCCCAGUUCGAACACGAAUACACCGGCGAUGACUUCAGUGCCUCUCUCAAGAUGCUCAACCCCUCUUUCCUCGAGGGUGGAGCGACUGGCAUCUACAUCGGAAGCUACCUGCAAUCUAUCACCCCUAAGCUCGCUCUCGGUCUGGAAACCCUCUGGCAACGCCCUGCUCUGACUCAAGGUCCCGAAUGUGCCGUCUCUUACUGCGCCCGAUACAAGACCCCCGACUGGGUCGCCACCGCUCAAUUGCAGGCUGCUAUGGGAACUCUCAACGCUUCGUACUGGCGCAAGCUGUCCGACAAGGUUCAAGCUGGUGUUGACCUGAGCCUCGGCCUUGUCCCCUCUCCCGGUGGUCUGAUGGGCGGCGGCUUGCAGAAGGAGGGUGUCACUACCAUUGGUGCCAAGUACGAUUUCCGCAUGUCCACUUUCCGUGCCCAGGUCGACUCCAAGGGCAAGCUGAGCUGCCUUUUGGAGAAGCGUGUCGCUCCUCCCGUCAUGAUGACCUUUGCUGCCGACAUUGACCACUUUACGCAACAAGCCAAGCUCGGCCUCGGUGUUUCAAUUGAGGCUGCCCCCGAAGAGCUCCAAGACCAGCAGGAGGCCCUGGGCGCCCAGUCUCCCCCCAACAUCCCAUUCUAA